GAGUGACGUCACUGCCACCGCCCGGCCUCGCCCCUCCGUACCGGAAAUGACGGAACACCGGCGGUGGGGCCGAUAGCCAAUCGCAGCGCCGCUUGCCUCCGUGUCGACGCCGCCCGCCAAUGGCGUGCCGGCUCCGUGCGCUCUCCGCCGGGCUGGGCCAAUGAGCGUGCGGUGGGCGGGGCCGCUGCCCACCAACAUGGCGAAGACCUACGACUACCUGUUCAAGCUGCUGCUGAUCGGCGACUCGGGCGUGGGCAAGACCUGCGCGCUGUUCCGCUUCUCCGAGGACGCCUUCAACGCCACCUUCAUCUCCACCAUCGGAAUCGACUUCAAGAUCAGAACGAUAGAACUCGACGGCAAGAGAAUCAAGCUGCAGAUCUGGGACACGGCCGGGCAGGAGCGGUUCCGGACCAUCACCACCGCCUACUACCGGGGAGCCAUGGGCAUUAUGCUAGUGUAUGACAUCACCAAUGAAAAGUCUUUUGAAAAUAUUCGGAACUGGGUGAGGAAUAUCGAGGAGCACGCCUCUCCAGAUGUUGAAAAAAUGAUCCUGGGGAACAAAUGUGAUGCAAAUGACAAAAGACAAGUCUCCAGAGAGCAAGGGGAGAAGCUCGCUGCAAGCUUCGGGAUUAAAUUCAUGGAGACCAGUGCAAAAGCAAAUAUAAACAUAGAGAAUGCAUUUUUCACUCUUGCAAGAGAUAUCAAAGCAAAAAUGGACAAGAAGUUGGAAGGCAAUAGCCCUCAAGGCAGCAACCAGGGAGUCAAAAUCACACAAGACCAGCAAAAGAAAAGCAGCUUUUUCCGAUGUGUUCUUCUGUGAGGGACACGGCCUUAAUCUGAGCUGGACUGUGCCUGUGCUAAGUGAGGUUUCCUCUUUCUGUGGACUUAGUGCUCCCAACAUACCUUGUCACUCUGUGACCAUCUGAAUAAGAAAUGGCUUAUUUUGGUAAUUGUCUGACUCUUCAGUUUUGGAGAUGAAACAAGUUUAUUUUUGUCAGAUUGCCACUGGGCAUGUGUAUUGUCUAGCAGAGGAAGAACAGGUCACAUGUGACCUGGGACGCAGCACCAUUGCUUCGGUCUUCAUUCGUAUCUGUCACGUAUCCACUUUAGAAAGAUGAUGUUGUGAUCAAAAUAAGAAACUUAAAUGCCACUGUUAGUGAAGUACAGGUAUGCAUAGAUGGUACAUGUGCAUAUCCAGUGUGUAGCUGCACACUGAAUAGUGGCAUGAGACCAUCCUAGAAAUGCACCAAGGUGAGCAGUGCAGGCUGAUGCCUUCCCAGGAGGUACAAAGGAGCUUUCUGCAGCUCCACCUUUUAAAUACUACAGAGAAGCUCCUUCAUCUGCCUGUCUCAUACUCAGCUGUGUUACUCUAGACAAUCCACAAGUACAAUUGAUGUUUUAAAAAAAAUCUCCUCAAAGGAAUCUAUUUUUUUAAAGAAAGAAUGUGUGCUGUACAUAGAAUGGGUCCUUACCAUUGGUAAUUCAUCCACGUUAGACUUGACUGUGGUUAAUUAAGUACUCCAGACACUCAGACGUGCUUAACAGGAGCUGAUGGCUACACGAAGUCCUGUACAGAUGAUCUGUCAUUUGUUCUUGGAGAACCAGGGUCAGGCAGGGACACUUACCCAAAACCUGUCACCUUACAAUGGGUGGCUUUACCACUCUCCAGCUGGGAGUGACUCCAGACCCAUCAUGACAGAGUAGGUAGUUUUAAAUCAUGACAAGGAAAAGUACUGCACUGCUCCCAGUCGUGUGUUCCCAAGCACACUUGCUCACAUAUGCAGAUAAAUGUUGCACAUCAGAACACGCUGUGAGAAGAGACUCCUGGGCUGGGGUUGGCCUUGCUGGUGUGGAUCACUGCAGCAUCAGCCUGCUCACAGCUUGUGCCUGGCACGCCUCCCCCAGCAGGCUCUUACUCAUUCCCACAGCCCCAGGGCCAAGCACAGCUCCUCGGUGGGCGCUGUCACAGGGCAGGCUGCAGGCCUGACUGGGUUACACUGACAGGAGGAGUGGCAGCUGCGAGGCUGCUGCGCGGGGACUGCAGCGAUGCUGUACCUCACCCAGUGAACGCACCAGCUGUGCCCUGCAGCUGGCUGCAGCUGAAACAUGCUUUGUUUACACUGACAGCUGCAAUUAAGGGCAAAAUCAAAGUUGAUUUUGAAGUUGUGGAAUUUACUCACCAGUUUUGUUUUCUUCAAGUUUGUGGUAUCGAACUCUGGGCCUCAGAGUAGCACUAGUAAGUGUUGCUGUGGUUAAACAUCUGUUGGAUUCACAGUUAAACUGUAUAAAUCUGCAGCAUGCAAUUGGGCCCAACAAGAAUAUUGCCUGUUCCAGAAUGGAAAAAGAUUUCACUCUGUAAGUUGCUGGUUUAUAGAAAUGCAUUUUAGAUGCAUUUAGAUUAUCUCUGUCCUGAUUAAAGCUUUCCUCUAACCAGAA